AGAAGAAGAAGAAGAAGAAGAAGAAGAAGAAGAAGAAGAAGAAGAAGAAGGAAUUAAGUUAAAUUCUAAGGUGCUUCGUCGUAUAAUGUGCAUUGAUUUGCAAUCGAUUAUACAACUGCUGUCACUCGAUUAACGGAGUUCUCGAGCCAAACAAAGCGUUAAAGAGGAUAAGGAAUAAUGGUUCACCUGAGGCGUAAGAUUUUAUCCUUUAGUGGCCUUUUAAAUCAGCUGCAGCCCAAUGUGCGAUGGAGCUCAUUUUUAAAAAUAAGAGAUAAAGAAACUGUACAGCCGGACAGAACGUUUAAGUAUUCAGAUCUGUCGGUUCGGUUGGCAGCGCCUCACCAAUUACAACCAAAGCCCAAUGUAAGCGAAUUAGGGUUUGGUAAAUAUUUCACAGAUCAUAUGCUGAAAGUAUUUUAUUAUGAAGCUCUUGGCGGAUGGCAAAUACCAGAAAUUACUCCAUUUGAAAAUUUGGUCUUACAUCCGGCUGCCAAAGUUCUUCAUUAUGCUGUUGAGCUUUUCGAGGGUAUGAAAGCAUAUCGAGGAAUCGAUGGGAAAAUACGAGUAUUUAGGCCGGAAAUGAAUAUGGAUAGAAUGAAUGCCUCGGCUCUAAGAUCUGGCUUACCGACUUUCAAUGGAAUGGAACUGAUUAAAUGCAUAAACAGACUUAUUAGUAUCGAUCAAGAGUGGGUACCACAUUUAGAAGCCUCGAGCCUAUACAUAAGGCCCACAUUAAUAGGCAUUGACCCAACAUUGGGAGUGGCUACCUCGGAUUCGGCAAUGUUGUACGUAAUCCUCAGCCCAGUGGGCUCUUAUUUCAAACACCAUGAGAUGAAUCAGGGCGUGUCGUUGCUCGCGGAUCCUCGGUACACGAGAGCUUGGCCCGGCGGUUGCGGAGACCGAAAAAUGGGAAGUAAUUAUGCACCAACGAUUCACGUACAAAAGGAAGCGACCGAGAAGGGGUUACAGCAGGUUCUUUGGCUUUAUGGAGAGGAUCGUCAAUUAACAGAAGCUGGCACCAUGAAUAUUUUCCUCUUUUGUAUAAACGAUCAAGGAGACAAAGAACUGAUUACACCUCCAUUGAAUGGUCUUAUUCUACCAGGAAUAACUAGGAAUUCAAUUUUAACCCUUGCCAAAGAAUGGAACCAAUUUAAAGUAUCCGAAAGAAAAAUCACAAUGGCAGAAGUUUGUCAAUUAUUAUCGGAAAAUAGACUCCUAGAACUAUUUGGUGCUGGUACAGCCUGCAUAGUCAGUCCAAUUUCAUUCAUAGAAUAUAUGGAUCAGAGUUUUUACUUGCCAACGCUGGAUCACACCGAACCAAUUUUCAGAACUCUUCUUAAACAUCUUAAAGAAAUUCAAUAUGGCUACGUUGAUCACCCAUGGGCUUUUCCUAUCGAAUGAAUCCAACAAUAGACCUUAAGGCUUAUACCUGGCUUCUGAUUAUUUCUAUUAUACGAAUUAUACCUUGACAAAUUGGCAAGCAUUUUAAAUUGUUUGUAUAAAUUUCAAUUAAUUGAGGUUCCUAUGGUUGCCAUAUUUUUAUUUAUUUAUAUUGUAUGCUGGUCAUUCUAUCUAAGGUUUUAGAUUCUUUAAAACAAUAAGUGUUGAAAAAUGUAGGAUCACUGUAUUUGAAAACAUGUUUCUUAUAAAGAAUAACAGAUUUGUAUGUUCUUGUAAAUUGAAAUUGAAAAUGUAAGCGCAAUAUGAUUGUUACGAGCAUUGUAAAAUUAAAAGUCCGGCGUAAGUGGACAAGGAUUAAUAUAAUGAUUCAGUUAGAAGAUGAACUCAGGUUUUCCUUAUCCGAGCAAUAAAGCGAUACGUGGUAUUGAGAAUAAUUUAAUAAUACACUGCUGGGACAUCGUCAUCCACCACCACUCACUUUUAUAAUUUUACUGUCAACAAGGUUGUAAAACAAAUUUUGUAUAUAAACAUAUCAUUCGCCUACGCAAAGUGAUAUUCUCUUGAAAUGUCGGGCGAUACGCAUUCACUUUUGCAUUUUACAUUUGUAGUAUAUUGUAUAUAAUAUAUAUAUUUUUAAAAG